CGUCUGAAUCGGCCUGUGUAGCUGGUGUGUGCCGAGCAUGUACAGUGCGUGUGCACACAUUGUACAGUAGGAGAGUAUUAUGGCCUGUCAUUUGUGGCCUGGGUUGCCUGGGCGACCAGGCGACUGAUAAUUUUUUGGAGAUAUGCAUAUUAUGGGAUGGGUGAUCCGCGAAGUGGAGCCCGGGUAUUAUGGGAUGGCCGUCGGCACGGAAGGGGGGGGGGCGCGACCGUCUCCACGGCAACGGCGGUUGCUAGGGGCCGGAAGAGCCCAGGGGGUGUCUUGCGUGCGUGUGUAUAUACAUGGGAUGGAGUAUUAUGGUCUGUCCGUUGCUGGGGUAACUGCGUGUGGAGUGUUAGUGUGUAUUAUAGAGUGGGGGGGGGGGGGGGGUGUACAGGAUUAUUAUUAUGGGAUGCCUGCCUCUCUCUCGCUUUUCGGUUUGCCCCGGUCUCUUUGUGUGUGUGAGAGGGAGAGGGCGAGUGUGUGCGGAUGACUGUGCGGCCGGACUGGACCAGACAUUUUGUCGUGCCCGAAAUACCCACGGAAAUCAGUCGCCUCUUCGAAGAAGCUGUCUUCGCUCCUGAGCCGGCAAGGAAAUCGUUGUUGAACUCCCCUCGUGUAAUCGCUCUUUUUGUUUGGGGUUACUCGUAACCUGGCACAACUCGGGAUUAUACAACCCUCCUGAGUCGGACAUUUCUACUCCGACACGUCGGUUGUCUUCUUUGUAUAAAGGGGGGGACAUUCAAGAGGAGACCGCUGAACGCCAACUUUGACCCUUUUAUCCGGAAUACUUAUUAUUUUGUAUGCAACUCCCAGCUCACUUUACUUCGCUGCCGGCCACUUUCCAGAAGCCGGUAUAGUACUAGUAUUGCAGUUUAGACAUCUAACUGAAAACAUCGACAGUUUUUCUUUUCCGGAGAGUUUAUAUCCUUUUAACGUUGAGUUUGGCGGCGCCCCCCCCCCUGGUUUCAGUAGUGUGUGUGUGAGGAGCAUCGAUUCUAGUUUGGGAUACAAACUCGGUCCUUCUCGCUGGUAUUGCCGGUAGCGGAGAAAUUUCUACGAAGACCGGGUUUAUGCACUGUGUGACUCUUUUUCUCGUAAAAUAACAAAGAAGGGCUUUUUCAUCAUCGGCUCGUCGGCUCCCUCCAACCCCCUCCAACCAUUACCACCCCCUCCCUCGAUAAUUCCCUCCCCGGUACCGACACACACACACACAUACACACACACACACAAACUCACUUUCAGAUAUAUUUAUAGGAAAACCAUUUAGCACAAAAUGUCCGGGAGUGAAGACGAGGGACAGGAUUUCGGAAGCUUGGACGACCGCUCGCUUUUGCAAGACAAUGACGACGAUCUGGAGGAGGAGCUAUCGGAUGGCGACGCUCCAAAGGUGAAGAAGAAGAAGAAAGCCAAGAAGAGCCGAGAAAGCAAGACGGCCAAGAGACAGAGACAGAGGAGAGAGGACCUGGCCAGCAGCUCCCCGGAGGGGGCCGACCUCGGCGAUGGCGUGGGCGACGACGACGAGGAGGGCGGGGGCCGCUCCGACAGCGAGGGCAGCGACUACACCCCCGGGCGCAAGAAGAAGAAGAGGGCGAGCGCCGCCAAGAAGGAGAAGCGAGCGGCCGGAGGGGGAGCGGGGGCCGGCGGCGGCGGCGGCGGGGCCGGCUCCGGGGGGGGCGCGGGGGGCAGCAAGAGCAAACGGAAGGAGCCCGAGCCGGAGGAAGAGGAGGAGGAGGAAGACAGUCAGGAGCCCAAGUCCUCUGCACAGCUGCUAGAAGAGUGGGGGAUGGAGGACAUUGACCACGUCUUCACACAGGAGGACUAUCGCACCCUCACCAACUACAAGGCCUUCAGCCAGUUUGUCAGACCCCUGAUUGCAGCCAAGAACCCCAAGAUUGCCGUGUCCAAGAUGAUGAUGGUCCUGGGGGCGAAGUGGCGCGAGUUCAGCACCAAUAACCCCUUGCGGGGCAGCGCGGGGGCCAGCGCGGCUGCCGCCCUCCGCAAGGCCAAGACCAAGGAGGGGAAGGGGCCGAACGCCCGCCGCAAGCCCAAGCCCCCGCCGAAGGCAGCCGAGAAGAAGGUGAAGACCAAGAAGGUGGCGCCCCUGAAGAUCAAGCUGGGCGGCUUCAACAGCAAGAGGAAGCGCUCGUCGAGCGAGGAGGACGACCUGGACGUGGACAGCGACUUCGACGAGGGCAGCUUGAACAGCUUCUCCGUGUCGGACGGCUCGAACAGCCGCAGCAGCCGGAGCAAGAGGCGCGCCAAGACCUCCAAGAAGAAGAAGAAAGACGACGAUGCCGACGGCUACGAGACGGACCACCAGGACUACUGCGAGGUCUGCCAGCAGGGAGGCGAGAUCAUCCUGUGCGACACCUGCCCCCGGGCCUAUCACAUGGUGUGCCUGGACCCCGACAUGGAGAAAGCCCCCGAGGGCAAGUGGAGCUGCCCCCACUGUGAAAAGGAAGGAGUGCAGUGGGAAGCGAGAGAGGAGCAGUCCGAGGGCGACGAGGACAACGAGGGGGGGGGCGAGGCGGAGGAGGACGACCACCACAUGGAGUUCUGCCGGGUGUGCAAGGACGGAGGGGAGCUGCUGUGCUGCGACUCCUGCCCCUCCUCCUACCACAUCCACUGCCUCAACCCGCCCCUGCCCGAGAUUCCCAACGGGGAGUGGCUGUGCCCCCGCUGCACGUCUCCUCCCAUGAAGGGCAAGGUCCAGAAGAUCUUGACGUGGCGCUGGGGUGAGCCCCCGCCCCCCACCCCGGUGCCCCGUCCUCCGGGUCUCCCAGACGACGCCCCCGACCCCAAGCCCCUGGCAGGACGCCCCGAGAGGGAGUUCUUUGUCAAGUGGAGCAACAUGUCCUACUGGCACUGCUCCUGGGUGUCCGAACUUCAGCUGGAGCUGCACUGUCAGGUGAUGUUCCGGAACUACCAGCGCAAGAACGACAUGGACGAGCCCCCCCCUGUGGAUUUCGGCGGAGACGGGGAUGAUGACAAGAGCUCCAAGCGGAAGAACAAAGACCCCGUCUUCGCUCAGAUGGAGGAGAAGUACUACCGCUUUGGCAUCAAGAUGGAAUGGAUGAUGAUCCAUCGCAUCCUCAACCACAGCGUGGAUAAGAAAAACAAUGUCCAUUUCUUGAUCAAGUGGCGAGACCUGCCCUAUGACCAGGCCACCUGGGAGCUGGAGGACAUGGACAUCCCUGAGUACGACAGCUACAAAGUGGCCUACUGGAACCACAGGGAGUUGAUGAUGGGGGAGGAAGGGAGACCAGGGAAGAAGCUGAAGUUGAAGUCGAAGGUGAAGAAACUGGACCGGCCGCCUGAGAACCCCGUAGUAGAUCCCACUAUCAAGUUUGAGCGCCAGCCGGAUUACCUGGACAGUACAGGGGGCACACUGCACCCCUACCAGCUUGAGGGGCUGAACUGGCUGCGCUUCUCCUGGGCACAGGGCACUGACACCAUCCUGGCCGACGAGAUGGGGCUGGGCAAGACCGUGCAGACUGCGGUCUUCUUGUACUCGCUGUAUAAAGAGGGUCACUCGAAGGGUCCCUUCCUGGUGAGCGCCCCCCUGUCCACCAUCAUAAACUGGGAGCGGGAGUUCGAGAUGUGGGCUCCCGACAUGUACGUGGUGACCUACGUGGGCGACAAGGACAGCCGUGCUGUCAUCCGGGAGAACGAAUUCACCUUCGAGGACAAUGCCAUCCGUGGAGGCAAGAAAGCCUCCAAGAUGAAGAAAGAAGCAGCGGUGAAGUUCCAUGUCCUCCUGACCUCCUACGAGCUGAUCACCAUAGACAUGGCCAUCCUGGGCUCCAUCAAUUGGGCCUGUCUGGUUGUGGACGAGGCACACAGACUGAAGAACAACCAGUCCAAGUUCUUCAGGGUUCUCAAUAACUACCCCCUGCAGCACAAGCUGCUGCUGACGGGCACCCCGCUGCAGAACAACCUGGAGGAGCUCUUCCACCUGCUCAACUUCCUCACGCCCGAGCGGUUCAACAACCUGGAGGGCUUCCUGGAGGAGUUCGCCGACAUCGCCAAGGAGGACCAGAUCAAGAAGCUCCACGAUAUGCUGGGCCCCCACAUGCUGCGGAGGCUGAAGGCCGACGUCUUCAAGAACAUGCCCUCCAAGACCGAGCUGAUCGUCCGCGUCGAGCUCAGCCCCAUGCAGAAGAAGUACUACAAGUUCAUCCUGACGAGGAACUUCGAAGCGCUGAACACGCGGGGCGGGGGCAACCAGGUCUCGCUGCUCAACGUGGUCAUGGACCUCAAGAAGUGCUGCAACCAUCCCUACCUCUUCCCCGUGGCCGCCAUGGAAGCCCCGAAGAUGCCCAACGGGAUGUACGAUGGCAGCGCCCUGACGAAGGCGGCAGGGAAGCUGCUGCUGCUGCAGAAGAUGCUGAAGAAGCUGAAGGAGGGUGGGCACAGGGUGCUCAUCUUCUCACAGAUGACGAAGAUGUUGGAUCUGCUGGAGGACUUCCUGGAGCAUGAGGGCUACAAGUACGAGAGGAUUGAUGGUGGGAUCACUGGAGGCAUGAGACAGGAGGCCAUCGACAGGUUCAACGCUCCCGGAGCGCCGCAGUUCUGUUUCCUGCUGUCGACGAGAGCGGGCGGUCUGGGCAUCAAUCUGGCCACCGCCGACACAGUCAUCAUCUACGACUCGGACUGGAACCCCCACAACGACAUCCAGGCUUUCAGCCGCGCCCACCGUAUCGGCCAGAACAAGAAGGUGAUGAUCUACCGCUUUGUCACCAAGGCGUCGGUGGAGGAGCGGAUCACUCAGGUGGCCAAGAAGAAGAUGAUGCUGACCCACUUGGUGGUGCGGCCCGGGCUGGGCUCCAAAACGGGGUCGAUGAGCAAACAGGAGCUGGACGACAUCUUGAAGUUCGGCACGGAGGAGCUGUUCAAGGAUGAGAUCGGGGAGGGAGAGAACAAAGAAGGGGAGGACAGCAGCGUGAUCCACUACGACGACAAGGCCAUCGACCGGCUCCUGGACCGGAACCAAGACGCCACGGACGACACCGAGAUCCAGAGCAUGAACGAGUACCUCAGCUCCUUCAAGGUGGCCCAGUACGUCGUGAAGGAUGAGGAAGAGGCGGAAGAGGAGGUGCAGAGGGAGAUCAUCAAGCAGGAGGAGAGCGUGGACCCCGAUUACUGGGAGAAGCUCCUGCGCCACCACUACGAGCAGCAGCAGGAGGACCUGGCCAGGAACCUGGGCAAGGGCAAGCGCAUCCGCAAGCAGGUCAACUACAACGACGGGUCGCAGGAGGACCGAGACUGGCAGGAUGACCAGUCGGAUAACCAGUCGGAUUACUCCGUGGCCUCGGAGGAGGGAGACGAGGACUUUGACGAGCGGGCAGAGGUGAACUCCCGGCGGCCCAGCCGCAAGGGCCUGAGGAACGACAAGGACAAGCCCCUGCCACCCCUGCUGGCCCGAGUGGGUGGCAACAUCGAGGUGCUGGGCUUCAACGCUCGGCAGCGGAAGGCGUUCCUCAACGCCAUCAUGCGGUACGGGAUGCCGCCCCAGGAUGCCUUCACUACGCAGUGGCUGGUCCGAGACUUGCGGGGCAAGUCUGAAAAAGAGUUCAAGGCCUACGUCUCCCUGUUCAUGCGGCACCUGUGCGAGCCCGGGGCCGAUGGAGCCGAGACGUUCGCCGACGGCGUUCCGAGGGAGGGGUUGUCACGGCAGCACGUGCUCACCCGGAUAGGCGUGAUGUCGCUCAUCCGCAAGAAGGUGCAGGAGUUUGAGCACGUCAACGGCCAGUGGUCGAUGCCGUGGAUGAUGGAGAUGGAGGAGAGCAAGAAGGCGGCGCGCCCCGAGUCUCCCAGCGCCCCCAAAACCCCUUCGACCACGGGGACCCCUGCAGACACACAGCCCAACACCCCUGCCACUGCUGGAUCAGAAGAGCCCUUAAAGCCUGAUGAUGGAGUGAAGGAUAAAGAAGAGAAGAAAGAUGAGAAGCCUGAGAGAGAGGGGGAGAGCAGCAAGAACCCUGAGGAGCCACAGUCUACUUCAGCCACAGAUGACAAAGACAGGGGCAUGCCGGAGAAGACCAGUGAAAGGACAGAGGAGGGAGGCGGAGGGUUGAGUGCAGAGGCAGACAAAGAAAAAGCGAAGGAAGGCGAGAAAGAGGAGAAGAAACAGGAGGAGGAAAAGGAGACGGAAAAAGCGGAAACCUCAGAGUCCAAAGUGAAGGCCGAGGAAGCUGACUCCAAAGCAGACCAGAAGGAGCAGGACAAAGGAGCGGAGAAGAUGUCUACGACCUCAUCUGCGGAGGAGAAGAAAGAGCCCAGGGACGAGAAGGAGGGCAAGGCCGCGGCGGAGGAGGGGGCGAAGGCCGGGGAGGCCAAGCUCCAGAACGGCGAGAGCGCCAAGGAGCCCGGCGAGGAGAAGAAGAAGGCGGGGAAGCAGAGGUUCAUGUUCAACAUCGCCGACGGGGGAUUCACAGAGCUCCACUCGCUGUGGCAGAACGAGGAGAGAGCUGCCACGGUCACCAAGAAGACCUACGAGAUCUGGCACCGUCGCCACGACUACUGGCUGCUGGCCGGCAUCAUCAAUCACGGAUACGCGCGCUGGCAGGACAUCCAGAACGACCCGAAGUACGCCAUCCUCAAUGAGCCCUUCAAGGGGGAGAUGAACAGGGGCAACUUCCUGGAAAUUAAGAACAAGUUCCUGGCCAGGCGGUUCAAGGUGAGAGAUGGCAUGGAUGUAACUUGUUGGGUUUUUGUUUUUACUGUUGAGAAGAGGCCAUCUGACCCAUCUAGUCUGUCUGGCAAACGACCGUUCCCCCCCCUCUUCCUCGCAGUGUUGAAACAGUUGGAGGAGUUGCUCAGCGACAUGAAGGCUGAUGUCACUCGUCUCCCGGCAACCAUCGCCCGGAUACCCCCGGUUGCCGUGAGACUGCAGAUGUCAGAGAGGAAUAUCCUGAGCCGAUUGGCCAGCAGAGGCACAGAGACACAGACGCAGCAGGUAGCUCAGCAGUAGUGUUUCUCUCCUGCUCUGGCUUGGCUUUGGAGCUCCAGCCGCCACCCCCUGGACCCCCCCUUCUACAUUCCUGAUUGGCUCCUGGAUGAAAACGCCACGCCCCCACCAGCCCCGCAAGACCACGCCCCUCAUUUCCAAGAGGAGCGUUUCUAUUGGCUGAUCGGGGAAAGAAAAAUAAUUUUAUUUUUUCUUAAUUGUAUUUUUUUUUAUGUUUAUGUUCCUUAUUAUUAUUAUUAUUAUUA